ACAAUCUAGUUGGCCUUUUAUAUAUUAAGAAUUGUUGUUUUAUAAUGGCAUUUACAAAAUUAUUUUUGAGUGUAAGAUUAUUGAGUAUUGAGGCAAAUUUUGGUAAAACGGUUUUGAGAAGUUAUAGUGGAACAUUAGAAGCAUCAGCUUGUAAUAAAAAUGAAGAUAAGUUAAAAACAGAUAAGACCUCUGCUUCUGGACCAGCAUCAAGGAAGGGUGUGGUGCUUGGGGUAUAUGAAGAAGGUGAAAAAUUAUCUUUAACACCUGCCGCUGAGGAAAUCAAUCAGAAGAGUGGGGGAAAGCUUUGCAAAUACUUAAAUGAGUUAUCGUGCGAGCUGAGGCUGGGCAAAUCAUUCGUGGUGACAGACGUGGUGGCGGACGGAGGUUCCGUGGCGCUCGCCUCUCUCGGACCGCGCGAUCCUCCUCACGACCCACAGGAAGGCCUGGACGAGGCCAAGGAGAACGUACGUGUGGGCGUAGGCGCGGGAGUGUCUUGUCUGCGUUCCCGUGGAGUGGUCGACAUCGCCGUCGAUGUGGCUGGAUUCCCGCGCGCCGCCGCGGAGGCUGCUCAUCUCGCCGCUUGGACUUUCCAAGAGUUCAAGUCUACGGUGGGCCGGAAAAGCGAGGUCCGACUGUCUGCAUUGGGCGGCGAGCGUGGAGAGUGGUCGUCGGGCGUGGUGCUGGGCGAGUCGCAGAACUGGGCGCGAUAUCUCUGCGACAUGCCCGCAAACGUGAUGACGCCCGCCGGCCUGGCGCAGGAGGCGCUGGACGUGCUUUGUCCGCUGGGCGUGCAGGUAUCGGUGCGUGAGCGCAAGUGGGCGGAAGCUCAGCGCAUGGAGACGUUCCUGAGCGUGGCCCGCGGCUCCUGCGAGCCGCCUUUGCUACUGGAGUGCCAUUACCGGCCCGAGCCAGACGCUCACGGCCCGCCCGUGCUGCUCGCCGCUACCGGCGUCACCUUCGACAGCGGCGGCUUGUGCCUGAAGUCUCGGACGCAGAUGUCCGAGAGUCGCGGGUGCAUGUCGGGAGCAGCCGUCGUGCUAGCCGCUCUUCGGGCGUUAGCUAUAGCUAAGGUGGCGAUAAACGUGACCGCAAUAAUUCCUUUGUGCGAGAAUAUGGUGAGCGGGCAAUGCCUGAAAGUGGGCGACGUUGUCACGGCCCUCAACGGAACUCGCAUACAGAUCGAGGACACGGACAUGGAGGGUCGCCUUUUGCUGGCAGACGCGUUGGUGUACGGACAGACCCUAAUUAAGCCUGCCCUGGUCUUGGACGUGGCCGCUCUCACACAGGACGUAGCCCUAGCCACGGGGGGCGGUGCCUUCGGGUGCUUCAGCAACAACGACUCGGCUUGGACCGGCCUCAGAGGCGCCGGCGCAGAGACAGGAGAUCGCCCUUGGAGGCUGCCGCUCUGGUCCUACUACGGGCGCGACAUCCAAGCGGAUCCCGCAGUGGACCUCAGAAACCGCGGCUCGGGCGAGGCUUCGCCGUGCGUCGGCGCAGCUUUCCUCAAGAAUUUCAUCUGCACCGAUUGGAUGCACCUGGACAUCACGGGCGUCGGCAAGUUGGCUCAUGCGCGCGCGCCUCCCUACCUGGACCCGUCGCGGAUGACAGGUCGGCCCACUCGCACUCUGGCCGCGUUCCUGACGAACUCGGCGGGCCGAGGAGGAGCCCGGCCGGGCUCCGGUGGGAAAUGCGGUUAAAUAAAUAAAUGUAUAAAGCCAAGACGGGAGACGAAUAAAACACGAAUGCUUAUUGACCUAAAAAUGAAGAAACAUUUAUUUCAGUAUGUCUUUUGUAAAAUUGAACAACAGAAUGAAUCAAAUGUAAUUCAACAACAGAGCGAUCUCGUCAAAUUCAGAUAAUUAUUUAGUUCGAUAAUAGAAAUAUUACAUCUAUCGAGACGCUCGCGGCUUCCGAAGCGACCGGGCCGGAAACGACUUCCGGUUCCGCUAUUUAGUUUAGGUUAACGAUUAUCGAGCUCCGAGUAAACUUUGACCUCUUAAUGAAUACCGUAAAUACGACGACUUUACACAGAUGCGAGAGAUGAACAGUGAAACUAGUCAAUUUACAAUUAUAAGAUAAUUAUGAUUAAUUACAUUUAUACGGGAAGCGCCGACGAGGCGACGCAGAAUAUAUCCUUUAACGCUAUUCAUUUAUAAUGACUUAAUUAAUUAAUUUGGACUACAACACAAUUUAUCAAUAAAUACAAAAACCUCUCGGCGCGAGACAGAAGGAAGGCGAGGACUCGGGGACUUCGGUCCACCUCGCGGAGUGGCGGACGUCGCUCACUAAAAAAAUACAUCGAAGGGGCGCACGCGCCGCACCGACCGUCUCCUUACCAUAGUUAAAUUAACGGAAUACUUUAAGUCUAGUCCUCGCCGCUAUACAAUUAUACCAUUAAACUGAAACGAUGACAAUAUUGAAUUUAUCGCAAACACUAGAGAAAUGCAGGUCCAAUACGAUGUUAAUAUUG